AUUUUUAUAAAUUUUGUGGGUCAAAGGAAUUGAUCUGAAGGUCAUUUCCUCAGAGUUGAUGGCCGUCGUGUUCAACUCAACACCACAUCAUCAUCAUCACCACUACACUCAAUAAAUGAGAUAGAGCGAGAGAAUAUCUGCUUGUUAGUCAUCAUCCAUGGCGCUCGGACUGAGUGCCAUCAACUUUACCCCUUCUUUACUUCAGACCUCACCCGCUUUCAACCCCAAAUGCAGGGCCCCAACUGCUUUCGCGCGAAAUCCUAACAAUGGCGAUUAUCCCUCCCCAGCUCUCGCUCCAAAGUUCCCAGGCAAACCUGAGGCAGAUGUAGUAAUCAUUGGGAGUGGCAUAGGCGGCCUUUGUUGUGGUGCACUUCUUGCUCGAUACAAUCAAGAUGUUUUAGUGCUUGAAAGCCAUGAUGCUCCAGGAGGAGCUGCCCAUUCCUUUGAGAUCAAAGACUACAAGUUCGACUCUGGCCCAUCAUUGUUCUCCGGCUUCCAGUCGAGGGGUCCUCAGGCGAACCCUCUGACGCAAGUUCUUGAUGCAUUGGGGGAAACUAUCGAAUGUGCAACCUAUGAUUCAUGGAUGGUAUACAUACCAGAAGGUGAAUUCUUGUCACGCAUUGGCCCGACCGAAUUUUUCAAGGAUCUACAGACAUACGCUGGUCCAGAUGCUGUGCAAGAAUGGCAAAAACUUCUUGAUGCAAUAUUUCCAUUAUCAGCGGCUGCAAUGGCCCUUCCUCCUCUUUCCAUACGAGGUGACAUCGGUGUUCUUUCAACAGCUGGCGCUCGAUACGCACCAUCUCUCUUAAAAUCUUUUGCUCAAAUGGGACCCAAGGGAGCCCUAGGUGCCACAAAGCUUCUUAGGCCCUUCUCAGAAAUAAUUGACUCGUUGGGUCUAAAAGAUCCAUUUAUAAGAAAUUGGGUGGACCUUCUCUCCUUUUUACUUGCUGGGGUGAAAUCUGAUGGCAUACUUUCAGCUGAGAUGAUAUAUAUGUUUUCAGAAUGGUACAAACCAGGGUGCUGUCUGGAGUAUCCUCUUCAUGGGAGUGGGGCAGUUGUUGAUGCUCUUGUGCGAGGUCUGAUGAAGUUUAAUGGCCGUCUUUCUCUCAGAAGUCAUGUGGAGAAUAUAGUCGUUGAGGAUGGUCGAGCCAUAGGAGUUAAGCUGAGAGGCGGACAACUAACAAUCUCGGAUUUUUGCUUCAUUCAGUUUGUUCGUGCUAAAAAGGCCGUUGUCAGCAACGCAUCCAUGUGGGACACACUUAAUCUUUUGCCAAAGGAAGUUGUUCCAAAAUCUUAUCAGGAAGGGAUUGAAAAGACUCCACAAUGUGAAUCAUUUAUGCAUCUGCAUUUGGGCUUCGAUGCUGAGGGUAUACGUGAAGACCUCGGAAUUCAUCACAUAGUUGUUAAUGACUGGGAGAGGGGAGUCGAUUCCGAUCAAAACGUGGUCUUAAUAUCAGUGCCUAGUGUGCUUAGUCCCGAUCUUGCGCCACCUGGAAAACACGUGCUACAUGCCUACACACCUGGGACUGAGCCGUUUGAGCUUUGGGAGGGUCUCGACCGAAAGAGUAGUGAAUACAAGCAACUCAAAGCUCAAAGGAGUGAGGUAAUGUGGAAAGCUGUGGAGAGAGCUGUUGGUCGAGACUUUGACCGGGAAAAAUGCGAGGUGAAGUUGGUUGGGAGUCCACUAACUCAUCAAAGGUUCCUUAGACGAAAUAGAGGGACUUAUGGCCCGGCCAUAAAAGCUGGCAAGGGUUCAUUUCCCGGGCACUCGACCCCAAUUACACAGCUCUUUUGCUGUGGGGACUCGACUUUUCCGGGCAUUGGUGUCCCAGCAGUUGCUGCCAGUGGUGCCAUUGUUGCAAACUCGCUUGUUUCGGUUUCUCAACAUUCGGAACUUCUUGAUGCUGUUGGGAUAUGACGGUCCAGAAGCAUCAAUUUGACGAGUCAAUACUUUGGUAGAAAUGUCGACCAAUUGAAUAGAUGUGGAGACAUGCUCAAGAUUGAUGAUUCUGCAAUCAUAUGCUUUUUGUAUAGAGUGACAAGCAACUUCAUUAUAAUGAUGUAUAAAGUUGAACAUGUAUUGUUGUGACUGAAGGAUUCAAGCAGUGUUCUUGCCUUCAGUUGCAAUUUAUGUAUUAUUUUGUUGUAGACCGACUGUUGAUCGGUUCUCUCUUGUUUCGAUAUGAGGUUACUUAGCCUCCCGAGUCGUAAAUACAUUUUCAGUUAUAUGAAUGAAUUCCUAU